CACUUCGCAAAGGGGCAAUACUUCUGUCAGAUCUAAUUGACCCAUGACCCUUCAUACCAAAAAAUAUCAAUUUGAUUUUAUGCACAAAUCCAUUCUGUGCUUCCCUUAUUCUCUGUUUCUGUCUCACUUUUUCGAAUUCCUUCUUCUUCCUCAACCUCCCUUCUUCCCUAGUCUCGUUGAAAAUUUUAAAUGGCAAUGGAACUGUUUGUUUAAAUCGAACAGUCUGAGAAGGUGGAUGGGGACACGAAGAAGGAGGAAGAACGGAAUCGUGGCUGAGAAGGUAGAGGAAGGGACGGAGGCGGAUACUGAUUUAUCAGCGGAGAGAACAGUGGCUGAGACGGUGUAGAAAAAGACGAAGGAGAAGUGGCUGGAGGUAGGCACGGUGUCAGAGAGGUGGAGGAGGAAAUGAAAGAGAAGGAGGAGGAUGUGGAUACAAGGAAUUCAGUGACGGCGCCUGCCACAGAUAUGCAUUUCUCGACAUUGGAGGAGGAGGGAUGAAUUGGUACGAAUAUGGCAAUCCCUCUUUCACUCGAUAACCCCAAUUUUGCCUGAAUUGAGACAUGAUGAUAGCGAAUUGUUAUGCGACGGCAAAAUAACCAAGAGGUAGAAAUCUACAAAGCCUGACACUUUUUAUUUGAUAUAAUGUUCUUGGGAGUUAAGUUCUUACAAGUGUCUACAACUUCCAAAAACACCACAAUAUCAAAACAAAAAGUGUUCUGUAGAAUUCUAACUUCUUCGUCAUUCCCGCCGCCGCAUAACAACUUGCCGAUGUCUCAGUUCAGACAGACUUGGGGUUAUCGGGUGAACGAGGGCUCGCCAUACUCGUACCAAUUCAUCCCUCCUCCUCCACUGUCGAGACAUCCAUAUCUGCCGCCGCCUCCGCCGGAUUCCUUGUAUCCACAGCCUCCUCCUCCUCCACCUUCUCCGACACCGUGCCCACCUCCACCUUCUCGUCCUCCUCCUUCGUCUUUUACUCAACCGUCUCAGCCACUGUUCUCUCCUCUAGUAAAUCGGUAUCCAUCUUCGUCCCCUCCUCCACCUUCUGAGCCCCGAUUCCGUCUGCUUCCUCCUCACCCACCUUCUCAGACUGUUGGAUUUAAACAAACAGCUCCAUUGCCUGUGAAAAAUUCCAACGAGACUAGGGAAGAGAGGAGGUUGAGGAAGAAGAAGGAAUUCGAAAAAGUGAGACAGAAACAGAGAAUAAGGGAAGCACAGAACAGAAUUGUGGAGAAAACGAAGUUGAUAUUUUUUGGUAGGAAGGGUCAUGGGUCAAUUAGAUCAGACAGAAAUAUUGCCCCUUUGCCAAGUGGUGGCAUGACAGGCAACCUGUUGAAGAAGCAGCAGCUGAAAAGCUUUAGCAGCAGAAACAAGUCAAGAGAACUUGGAGAAGGGAUUAAUAUACCCACCAUUUGCCAACAUAAGGAAGAUUUCAGCUCACAUUGCAGCCAAAGCAUGGACUUGGCUUGGCCACUCGUCUACCUCAACCGGAGAACCUAGUAGCAUAUGCAGAGAGUUGCAUGUACAGUCCAAGUUAUCGUAGCUAUCGCUAAGUCAAGGAAGAUACAUAAGUACUCAUAUUUCAUAGCUUUGAAGAUUAUUAUACUAAACAACCACUAAUUUAGGAGGAAUAUAUAGAUAAUUUUUAGUUUUGUAUUGGCCACUGAGCAUCUUUUGUGUAAUUCUGACCCAUUGGGUCAGCACAGGGCAUUGGCAUUGGACUCUUAAAGUUAUAUUUCAGAGUAUGAAAAGAAUCAUGUUGAACUGA